GAUCACUGUGUUUGGUGAGAGCGCCGGCAGUUGGUCCACAUCUGUUCAAAUACUGUCCCCAUUAUCCCGGGGCCUAUUCAAGAGGGCUAUUAUGGAAAGCGGCGCUAAUUUUCAUUACAAGGAGAGAUCAGUUUUGACGGCAACUGAAGCGUUGGAUCAGACAAAAGAAAUGGCAAAACAUUUUAAUUGUAGUCAAAAUCAAUGGAUGGAGUGUUUGAGACAAUUGAGUGCAGAGGAUGUCAAUAACUACACGUCAAUCACUACCUGGCCUUUAGAGGGAACAGAGUAUCUGCCAAUCGAUGCUCAGACAUCUUUCAGAGAAGGAAAAUAUAAUAAAGACAUCGACAUCAUAGCCGGUGUGACCAGGGACGAGGGCUCACUGUUGUCGUACUGGAUUUAUCCCGAACUUCACGGGAAUUUCACUGAACAGGAGUUUAGGGGUUUGGUCCAAGGGUCGGACUUUUUCUUUCAUGGCAUACCUGUCCAAAAUGUAACCGAUUAUUACCUCAGGAAUGUUAACACCAGUGACUCCCAGGCACUGAAACAUGCAUUUUAUAACUAUUUUGGCGAUAUAUUCAUGAAGUGUCCGACAUAUCUGUUCGCCAAACAAUUUGCUAUAAAUGCUAAAAACACUUCACAUAAUGUAUACUACUAUGAGCUGACAUACCAGGCCCAGGAUGGGGCCAUAUAUGGCUGUGUUGAGGAGACAAUGGGUAUAUGCCAUGGAUCUGAUGUGGCGUUUGUUUUCGGGCAGUUAUUUGAAUACAACUCAACCACACCUUUGGACUUGAAAUUCAGUGCAGAAAUCAUGCAAAUGUGGACUCAAUUUGCCAAAAAUGGGUAACAUUUACGGAAU